UAUCUAGUUCCAACAAAAUUUAUAACAGUAGAACUCUGGAAACCAAGUGUUAAAGACAGAUUAGGACUGAGUUUCAUGCAUAAAACGAACGGAAGAGGAGUGUUCAUCACAUAUGUGCAUCCUGGUAGUAUAGCAGCUCAACAAGGUCGAAGUGUUAUGCAGGGAGAUCAAAUUUUGGAAAUCAAUGGACAAAAUGUGGCAGAAUGUAACCAAAAAGAAGUUGCUCAAAUGUUACAGAACAUGGAUGCCGCAAUUGUAUUACUUUUGGGACGUGUGCCAAGACAAACUGCGGUUAUUCAGGAAUGGGCGCGAAGAAAGGCUCAGUAUUCAUCACGCACGCGCACAUCUACUUGGUCAGCUUACACCGGGAAUACGAAAGAAAAACUUCAAAUUCAACGACCAAGCCUACCUGCAACUAAAGACAGUUGUGCAAUAGAAUUUUCAACGCCUCCUACCAAUACAAUUGACAUUCUUCGUGGUGAGUAUAGCGCCAUCUCGUCCCGAGAAAACAGUCCAAACUCCAGUGUUCAUCGUUAUAGACUGAGUAUCGUCGGCGAAAAUAAAUAUAUUGCCGUUACCGAUAAUCAAAACGACGAUGAAGACUACAGUAACCAAGACGUUGAUGAUUUCAAAACGAAUGAUUCCAAGAGUCCACUGUUACCUAGCAUUCACGUAACAAGCUUCUAGGGGCAUGAAAUAUUUCUUAGUCUCCAAAAUAGUCGACAUUGUAUGAAGAUAAAAUCCGUCCAAUCAAGUGCUGGAUUAAAUAUAUUGAUGGCUAAGACCAACACAAUGAAAAUGUAGAAUUUCAAUAUCCCGAUAAAAGAUUUGAAAAUCAGGUAUUAGACGUCAAAAAUUAGUAUAUUUGACUAUAGCACAAGUGUCGCUAAAUAAUUAAUAUUCGAAAUCAACAAAUAGUAACCCUUUUCAAAAUUUUGUUAAUUAAAUCCAAGUUUCGGCAGCUCAACAACUUGACAGCGGUAACUGGUUGUCGUGACACCUUGUUGAAAAUGGAAAACCUACAUAAAGUAAAAACAUGUGUCUUAAUAUGUACUCAGCUGUUUGUUAUAUAACCAUGUAUGUAUAUAAUGUCACAUAAUUAUAAGUAAACUGCUUUUCUCCGUCUUUUCGAGACGAGACAAUUUCCUUUUUGUUUAAUAAACGGAACAACGUAUCUACAGCCUUUCUGAUCCGGAGGGGUAUCACCGUUAUUUUCAUUCUCUAGGUGAAAUUAAUCCAACUUGCGUGAUAUGUGGUACAAAAUUUCUGAAUAGUGUCUACUAAAAUUCGAUUCAGUAUUUACGUAAUUUUCUAGGUUGUGAAAUGACCGAAAAUUUGUUGAGGAACUGUUUUGAAAAACAAAAACAAUUCCUUUCGUCUUGGACUUUAUAUUUUUCCAUAUUGUAUAUCAUAUCAUUCUCAACCUUAUUUGAUAAACAUCAGUAUUCAUCUUUUGAUACUUUAUUUUGCCGAUUCAAGCUGUCGAAUUCUCGCUGUAAAUCACACACACAAGAUACGACUGAGAGUUAAUUACAAGUGAAAAAUAACCUCAUCUUUCUUCCAAUAUGACGACACUGUUUAUUUUGUCAAGUACGGAAUAGUGUAAUAUUUUGUCCACAAAAUAUUUGGUCGAGAUUAAUUUACAUCUAAUAAUUAUAAUUUGUUUCAAAUAAAU